AAUAAAAACAUAAAACUGGAGCAAAAAAUUAAUAUUAUUUGGGUCUAAACAAAACAAUAGCAACAACAAAUUCCAAGUCUCCUUCUAUCGGGGAGAAGUUAUAAGAAAAUUGAGCAGUAGAAAACAAGAAGAGAAGCCGGCUCCAUAGAAAAAGUGCAUACGAAUUUUCCCUAAUAUUUAUAAACAUCGUUUUGUCUCUGCUUUUAAUUUCAGUCUAAAGUAAAAGUCAUAUUCAUAAAUUAACGUCACCGCAUGUCACAACAACAACUACCUAACGAACCAGAAACUUGAAAAAAACCUUCACACCUCGUUCUCUCCGAGAUCACCACAAUUCUCAUUUUUCAUGUAUACUCUCUCGCACGUGAUCACCACCCCCCUUCAUCAUCAUCAUCAUGAUUCCACACUCCGUUACUCCAACCCUCGUCUCUUCCAUUCAUUCAGAGUCGCUAAUAAGUUUCGCGUCUUUUCCGACCUUAAGAAGAGUCCUAGCAACAACGCAAUUGAUUUCACUGAUACUGAUUGGAAAAUUAAGUUCAAAGAGGAUUUUGAGGAACGUUUUAGACUCCCUCAUGUUACUGAUACUUUUCCUGAUUCUGCUUCUAUACCUUCUACUUUUUGUCUCAAAAUGAGAACUCCUAUGACUAAGGACUUUCCUGGAAAUUAUAAUUCUGAUGAAUGGAAUGGAUAUAUUAAUGAUAAUGACAGAGUGCUUCUUAAGACAAUUAACCAUUCAUCACCUACCUCUGCUGGUGCUGAGUGCAUUGAUCCUGGUUGUAAUUGGGUGGAACAAUGGGUUCAUCGAGCAGGACCUCGGAAAGAGAUAUACUUCAAGCCAGAAGAAGUAAAGGCAGCCAUUGUUACUUGUGGAGGACUGUGUCCUGGUCUUAAUGAUGUCAUUCGACAGAUUGUAAUCACACUUGAAAUAUAUGGUGUAACAAAGAUUGUUGGUAUUCCUUUUGGCUAUCGCGGCUUGUCUGACAAAGAAUUGACAGAAGUACCGCUGUCAAGGAAAGUAGUUCAAAACAUUCAUCUUUCAGGUGGUAGCCUAUUAGGAGUUUCGCGUGGAGGACCUGGAGUUAGUGAGAUUGUGGACAGUUUGCAGAAAAGAGGGAUCAACAUGCUCUUUGUGUUGGGUGGAAAUGGUACACAUGCUGGUGCAAAUGCAAUUCACAAUGAGUGCUGUAAAAGACGGCUUAAAGUAUCUGUAAUUGGAGUGCCUAAAACUAUAGACAAUGAUAUUCUGUUGAUGGACAAAACUUUCGGAUUUGACACGGCUGUUGAAGAAGCACAAAGAGCAAUAAACUCUGCAUAUAUUGAGGCACAUAGCGCGUAUCAUGGAAUCGGGAUUGUGAAAUUAAUGGGUCGUAGCAGUGGAUUCAUAGCAAUGCAAUCUUCCUUAGCCAGUGGACAGAUUGACAUAUGUCUAAUUCCUGAGGUUCCUUUCAAUUUACAUGGAUCUCAUGGAGUUUUGAGUCAUCUCAAGUACCUUAUAGAAACAAAGGGGUCAGCUGUAGUUUGUGUAGCAGAGGGAGCUGGACAGAAUUUACUUCAAAAAACUAAUGCUACUGAUGCUUCAGGGAAUAUUAUAUUUGGAGAUAUUGGCGUUUAUAUCCAACAAGAGACGAAAAAAUAUUUCAAGGAGAUUGGUAUUCAUGCUGACGUGAAAUAUAUUGAUCCAACAUACAUGAUCCGGGCGGGUCGAGCAAAUGCUUCAGAUGGAAUUUUAUGCACCGUACUUGGACAAAAUGCGGUUCAUGGUGCAUUUGCUGGAUUUAGUGGUAUUACAGUAGGCACAUGCAACACACAUUAUGCUUACUUUCCAAUUACCGAAGUAAUAGCGCAUCCUAAGUUGGUGGAUCCCAACAGUCGAAUGUGGCAUCGAUGCUUAACUUCAACUGGCCAACCCGACUUCAUUUGAUAAUUUUCUCUUUCUGAUUAAUACAUUCAAGAGGCUUGGAAAUUCAGGCUUCCAUAGAUUAAAUCAUAGGAAGAUAGCUUCAAAAAGUAUUUUUGGUUAAUCUAGCAAUCAUCAUUAGUGGAAUAAUACAGAGGAUGACAUUUCUUCCUCAUUCAAAAAAUUGGUUACUUGUAUAGCAAGGCAAGUUCACAGUCCUGCAAUUGCAUUUCAAAAUAAAACUUGAGGAAAUAAGCAAGCAUUUUAUGCUUGAUUUUGAUCUAUUGUGACAUUUUUUGUAACCUACAAUAAGGGCUUAAUUUGGUGAGAAUACAUAGCAGAUUUAAUUGUUGCUUUUUGUUUGUACUCAUGCCUAAGUUAUUGGAUUGCCCUGUUCAUAUUUGUACAACUGUACUCCUCAUGCAUUGAGUAUUCAAAGAAUACUCCAAAGUUGAGGUCUAUUGAAUAACCAAGUUAAACAUUUUAGUGCCAA